GAUUAGAGAGUGUAUGGAACUCUGGGACUCCAUCCCAAAUUGUCAAUUCUGGAACAGUCAAUGGACUGCUGUUGUGGCUCGUGUGGUGAAGAAUUGCAAAUUUAUUAACUGGGAGUGUUUCUUACCGAUACUAUUUACUAGAUUCUUGAACAUGUUUGAGGUUCCCGUGGCAAGUGGAAGUGGAUCUUAUCCUUUUUCUGUGGAUGUACCCAGAAAUACAAGGUUCUUGUUCUCCAAUAAGACAGUCACUCCUGCAAGGACCAUUGCAAAAUCAGUUGUGUAUCUGUUAAAGCCUAGUAGUGUGGCACAAGAGCACUUUGAGAAAUUGGUCAACCUCUUGGAACAGUAUUAUCAUCCCUCUAAUGGUGGUAGUUGGACAUAUUCAUUGGAGUGAUUUUUGCUCUAUUUGGUGAUUACAUUCCAAAAACGCUUACAGCAUGAGCAGCAGAACACGGAUAGUAAUAUUCAGGUUGAGCUUUACUUAGGAAAAUCAGAAAGGACUGCAUUUGUCAAUGUACUGCUGGGCUAAUUGAUCGUGGACAGUGUAGCAAAAAUGAACAUCUUUCUGAAACUGUUGCUACGGCAACAUCUAUCUUAUCCUAUGUGGAGCCCUCUAUGGUUCUUCCAUUUUUGGCUUCUCGAUUCCAUAUGGCCUUG